GCCGGGCCUCUAAAAUCCCAGCGUUCCUUUCGUGCUGCUAUCAAGAUGGCGGCGCCCAUGCUGCGACGCCUUUCCAGGGGCCUGUGGUUCGCUCCCGCUGGCCGGUCAUCAGUCUUACCCUUGGGGCUGCUGCGUAAAGUCCACUCGGGCACUCAGGGAUUGCUAGCAGCGCAGAAGAAACGAGGCCUGUUCAAGGAGUUCUUCCCGGAGAGGGGUACGGACAUAGAGCUCCCAGAGCUCUUCGACCGUAGCAGGGCAGGCAACUUCCCCCAGACCAUCUAUUGCGGCUUCGACCCCACGGCCGACUCGCUUCAUGUGGGACAUCUGCUGGCACUGCUGGGCCUGUUUCAUUUCCAGCGAGCUGGCCAUAACGUGAUCGCGCUCGUUGGAGGUGCCACAGCCCGUCUGGGAGACCCAAGCGGCCGUACCAAGGAACGCGAGGCGCUGGACGCGGAGCGCGUGGAAGCCAACGCGCGCGCUUUGCGCGGAGCUCUGGAGAAUCUGGCAGCUAAUCACCAGCAGCUGUUCGCUAAUGGGCGCACCUGGGGCAGCUUCACGGUGCUGGACAACUCGGCUUGGUACCAGAAGCAGCAGCUGGUGGACUUCUUGGCGGCAGUGGGCGCCCACUUCCGCAUGGGCACGCUGCUGAGCCGGCAGAGCGUUCAGACCCGGCUCAAGAGCCCUGAAGGCAUGAGCUUGGCGGAGUUCUUAUACCAGGUGCUCCAAGCCUAUGACUUCUACUACCUGUUCCAGCGUUAUGGAUGCCGGGUCCAGCUGGGUGGGUCUGAUCAGCUGGGCAACAUCAUGUCCGGAUAUGAGUUCGUCCACAGGAUGACUGGAGAAGAUGUAUUUGGAAUCACUGUCCCUCUAAUUACAAAUACAACUGGAGCAAAGCUGGGAAAGUCUGCUGGCAAUGCUGUUUGGCUAAACAGAGAUAAGACAUCACCAUUUGAAUUUUAUCAGUUCUUUGUCAGGCAGCAAGAUGAUUCAGUAGAAAGGUACCUGAAGCUCUUCACUUUUCUACCCCUUCCAGAGGUUGACCACAUAAUGCAGCUGCACAUCAAAGAGCCAGAAAAGCGGGUUCCUCAGAAACGACUUGCAACAGAAGUAACAAAACUUGUUCAUGGACGAGAAGGGCUGGAAUCUGCUAAAAGGUGUACACAAGCCCUUUAUCAUAGUAGCAUAGAUGCAUUGGAGGUCAUGUCUGAUCAAGAGUUAAAAGAGUUGUUCAAAGAAGCUUCAUUUUCUGAAUUAGUUCUUGACCCUGGAACAAGUGUCCUAGAUACAUGCCGCAAAGCAAAUGCCAUUCCAGAUGGUCCACGGGGGUACCGGAUGAUAACCGAAGGCGGAGUCAGUAUAAAUCACAGACAAGUAACAAAUCCUGAGAGUGUUUUGAUUGUUGGACAACAUAUUCUCAAGAAUGGACUAUCAUUACUUAAAAUAGGAAAAAGGAAUUUCUACAUUAUAAAAUGGCUUCAGCUAUGAUGAAAAAUCCUGGUUGUUCACCCAAAUUUUAUCCAUCAUUCAUUCUCAAGACAUAAAAGGUUGGCUCCAGAACUUAAGACCUUCACUAAGCAAAUCAGUAAAAAGAAUGGAGUAUACUCUA